CGAAGGGUGGGCAGAAGAUUGUCAGAGCUUUCCAGAAAGGAGGUUCGCUUUCUGUAACGAAGUGCUGCAGUUGCUUGGUAAGCUCCAGCUCAUUUUGUUGUGAGCUUCAAACUCACCCUCAUUUGCAGGAUGGUGGAUUACAGUGUGUGGGAUCAUAUUGAGGUAUCUGAUGAUGAAGAUGACACUCAUCCCAACAUUGAUACUGCCAGUCUCUUCAGAUGGCGCCAUCAGGCCCGGGUGGAAAGGAUGGAGCAGUUUGAGAAGGAGAAAGAAGAGUUAGAGAAAGGAAUGUCUGACUGCAAGAGGAAGCUGGCAGAGUGUCAGAAAAAGAUGAAAGAGCUGGGCGUCCAGGAUGCUCAGAAGCUGCAGACUGAUAUAGAGCAGCUGAAAAAGGAGGAAAAAGCUUGGGCCAGGAAGGAAAGCGAACUGAGAAAGAAAGAGAAAACUUUGCCGUGGAACGUGGACACACUGAGCAAAGAGGGAUUCAGCAAGAGCGUUUUUAAUGUUAAAGCAGAAAACAAAGAGGACUCGGAAGAGCAGAAGGAACAGAAACAUAAAACUUUUGUAGAAAAGAAUGUGAAACAACUGAAACACUUUGGAAUGCUACACCGCUGGGAUGACAGUCAAAAAUAUUUAUCUGAUAACCCUCACCUAGUAUGUGAAGAGACUGCUAAUUAUCUUGUUAUAUGGUGCAUUGAUUUAGAAGUGGAGGAGAAACAUGCUCUCAUGGAGCAGGUCGCUCAUCAAACUAUAGUUAUGCAGUUUAUUCUGGAAUUGGCCAAAAGCCUGAAAGUUGAUCCCCGAGCUUGUUUCAGGCAAUUCUUCUCCAAGAUAAGGACGGCUGACCAGCAGUAUAUGGAUGCUUUCAAUGAUGAGCUGGACUCUUUCAAAGAACGAGUUAGGGAGAGAGCCAAAAUCAGGAUAGAGAAAGCUAUGAAAGAGUACGAGGAAGAAGAACGGAAAAAAAGACUGGGCCCAGGUGGACUAGACCCUGUAGAGGUUUAUGAAACACUACCACCAGAGCUUCAGAAAUGCUUUGAUUCCAAAGAUAUUCAGUUGUUACAAGAUACAAUCAGUAAAAUGGAUCCAACAGAAGCCAGAUAUUAUAUGAAGCAGUGUAUUGACUCAGGACUUUGGGUUCCUAAUGCUAAAGGAGAUGCUCCAGAGUCUGUGGGUCCUGAAGAGGAACCUGUAUACGAAGAGGCCAAGAAAGAGGUCACAGAAGAGAAACCAACAUCAUAAGAGAAGAAAAUUGAGAACUCGAUGUUUCCCUAUCUGUUAUAAUAGAAUUAUCAGAAUCUCUUCCACGGACUAGAGGAGGAAAUGCUAAUUCCGUUAAUGUUCCUAUAAAUCAGGGAAUUUUGAAAAUAUGUGAUGUUAAAGUGACAGCUAUGAAAACCCCCACAUAAAUGGAUCAUUCCAAGAAAGGAGGUGGGAAUAGACUCCCUUAAUGGCAGCAGCCCCAGCCAGUCACAAUAAUAUAUUCCUUUUGAGCUCCUUUGUUGUGAUUUUUUUUUUAUCAUGGAAUAAGACUCUUUACAUAAAAAAACAAGGUUGAAAUUCUCAAAGACUGAAACCCCUGAUUUAUUUAAAUUCAAUUGCUUAGCUCCUCUUACUCAAAAAGAAAAGUGAACUAGGGGUAUAUUCCAGUAAUUGUGAAUUCUUUAAGGUCUAAGUUUAAAUAACUCCCUAUAGAAAGUUUCCAGUACAUCUGCUGGUUGUUUUUUUUUUUGUUUUUUUUAUGUAAAACUAAAAAAUUUUUAAAUACAAAUGCAUAGGUUAAGGAAAGACAGCUAAAAUAUAAAAGUGGGAUUUCCAAUAAAUUUGCAUGUUUAGUGAAUAAUGGAAUCUGUUCUAGGCCAAGAAACUGCAUGAAUUUCAGAAGCCAUUGGAGGGAUUAAGAUUAUCAAAGCCGAAUGUAUCAUACAGAAAAAUCUAAUAAAUGUAUUUGUUACAACUGUUUUGUCUUCAAGAUUUGGUCUUAGCACUUGUUUUUGGGGGUUUUCUGCUCUGUUAUUUUGACUUGCAGUGUUACACAUAAACAUUGAAAUUGCUAUAAAUUCACUUUUUCAACCUUA